AUGCUUGUCAACCAGAAUAAGUCCAGCUCAAAUUAUGGAGUUGAAAUCCCUAUUGAACCUCUUACACCAGCCAAAGUUGGUGAGGGUGGUUAUGAAGGUCUAAAACCGCGCAAAGAAGUGCUUCCUAAGGGCUGGCGACAUCCAUCACACCCUGGAACAAAGGCUUUACCGUGCGAUAUCCUCGUGGAACAUGAUGUGGCCAUUCCUGCAAGAGAUGGCGUUACGCUUUAUACGGAUAUUCUAAGGCCGACGGAACCUGAAUCUGGCGUUGUUACCAAAGUCCCAGCGCUCAUUUGCUGGGGACCGUUCGGCAAGAAGUUCAAUGGCAUCGACUCUCUACGAUACAUGACGCCGUGGAACCUUGGUGUUCCUGCAGACGCUCUUUCCGGCUUGGAGAAGUUUGAAGCUCCAGAUCCAGCAGACUGGGUACCCAAAGGCUACGCUAUUGUUAACAUCGAUUCACGAGGGGCUGGUGAUAGCGGUGGCACCAUGGUUAUUAUGGGUCAACAAGAAGCCGAGGACGGUUACGACGCGAUCGAGCACAUUGCGAAAUUGUCUUGGUGCGAUGGUUCGGUCGGUCUUGUUGGCAACUCUCACUUAGCAAUCGUGCAAUGGUUCAUCGCAGCCCUGCGUCCACCGAGCCUAAAGGCUAUCGCGCCCUGGGAAGGCUGUGGUGAUCUGUACCGCGAGCAAUUCGCACGCGGUGGAAUUUACGCUGGAGACCUCUUCGAUAAGCUCAUUGUCAAACAUAUGCUACACGGCAACGGUAAUCUGGAGAGCUUCAGGUUAAUGUUCGAAAAGCACCCAUUGGCCAAUCGUUGGUGGAACGAUAAGAGGCCCGAUAUGAAGAAGAUCAACGUACCAACAUACAUCACCGGCACCUGGACCAAUACAAUGCACGGAAUGGGCGCUAUUAGAGGAUGGCUCGAGGUGGAUACUCCUCAAAAAUGGCUUAGAUGGCACCCGUGGCAGGAAUGGUAUGACCUAUGGGGAAACAACCAGGCAAAAGAAGAACUCUUCUCCUUUUUCGAUCAUUUCCUUAAGGGUGCUGACAAUGGCUGGGAAAAGACCCCGCGAGUCCGGAUGGCCGUCUUGCGCUUUGGAAAAAAGGAGCCCCAAUCAUACGAGAACAUCGUCGAAGAAGACUUCCCACCUGCUCGAACCGAAUACCGCGAAGCCUACCUUGGUCAAGACCAGAAGCUGCUCUUCGGCGAUGCAGGUUCAAGCGCUACUUUGAGCUACAACUCUGAAACAGACGAUUCCAUCACCUUCACCCAUAAGUUCCCGGAAACGACUCGGAUUAUGGGCCUUCCAAAGGCCGUUUUGUACAUGUCUUGCCCCGAUCACGACGACAUGGAUGUCUACGUUACUAUCGAAAAGCUGGACAAGAACGGUGAACAGAUGAUGAAUCUCAACAUCCCUUGGGGUGGCAUCCCAGUAAAAUCCUUCAGCGAGUUCAAGCCAGAAGAAGCUACAGAAGUGGUGGUGUACAAAGGACCAUGCGGCAUCCUGAGAGCAUCGCAUCGCGCAAUCGACGAGUCAAAGAGCAUGCACCCGCACUGGCCGUUCCAUCCUCAUGAUAAGGAGGAAAAGAUAACUCCCGGUGACGUUGUCCGUUUAGACAUUGGUAUCUGGGCUACGGGCAUCGAGUUUGAAGCUGGCGAAAGCAUUAGAAUUGUGGUAGGUGGACGCAAUAGGUGUGUAAGCAAUUUCGGGUCCGAUAAGCACGUCAAGAAUCGCGGAAAACAUCAGGUUCACAUCGGUGGUGAGCACAAGAGCCACAUCGUUCUGCCGUUUGUAUAA